GUCACUGAUAUUUGAACAAAACAAGAAUGCCAUCUAGCGAAUAGUGAAGAGGAUACACGUCGUCAAUCGUUUGUUGCUUCGUUUUGUUGUUUGAAGUUUCUUGAAGUGCGUGCAUCCAGCAAGAUGUCUCACUGGAAUCGAAAUUCAGGUGGGACAACGUCCGGAACAGAACAAAUUAUGGAGUCAGAAAAUGAUCGCCUUGCUGAUCAACUUGCUUCUAAAGUGUCAAGAUUAAAAAUGAUAAGCUUAGAUGUGAGAGAUGAUGUCGAUGAUCAGAAUAAGUAUUUGGAUGGUGUGGAUUCAGAUUUCAUGAGUACUACUGGACUACUUGGUGGGACUGUAAAUAGAUUUAAUAACAUGAUAGCUGCAGGACGAGGAAAUAGAAAAAUGAUGUGCUAUUUGAUUGCUUUCUUAGUAAUCUUAUUUCUUUUGUUAUAUUUCGUUUUAAAUCGUACAAAGACUUGAUACCAUCAACUUAUACCUAAUAUUACACAAAUUGCACUUACUGGAAUGAAGCUUCUAAUGUGAUGGUGAGAGAAUAUCAUGAUCAUGAACCAUUUUUUUAGGGUAAUAUGGGAAGUUUGUGGAGAUAUUACAUGUACUCAAAGAUUGCAUGUGAUUGCGCUUUUCUCAUCUUGGUGAAUUAGAAUUUUUGUGUACAAUAUUGGAAUUAUUCUUCUAAUGCUUAGCAAGAUGUGCCGACUUUGGAUCGUUUGGUCAUUUUUAUUCAUUAUAUCUUAAAUUCACCAGAUACCAUACUAUGGUACAAAUUAAUGUGCUGUAAUUUUACAAGUUUUAUGGCUAGUUAUGAGACAUUUGUAGUGUUUAUCUGUCAAUCCAAGCAUUCUUCUGAUUAUUGUGUCAUUGCGGUUUGAACAGACUUAUUUCUUUCUGUUGUUAGAUUGUGAAGUAUCUUCUGUUUAUAUUUGUGUGAAAUAUAUUAUGUUUUUUCGCUGA